AUGGCGGGGAAGAAAGCGUCCAAAGACUGCGGCUGCCGCAUCCCGUUGCUGACGCCCCUCAACAAUCAGCUCAGGAAAAUUGGUCAGGUGGUGGAUGAUUGUUUCAAGGCGGCGUUUGGCGCGGCGGGGCUGUUCAUUGCCAAAAGACCGCUCCUGGUGAUUGCGGGGAGCCUUCUGCUGGCGGCGGUCUUUGCGCUGGGGCUCGUCCGGUUUGGGGUGGAAAGCAGCGAAGAGAAGCUGUACACCCCCCAGGGCAGCCAGGCGUUCAUCGACCGCGCAUACGUGGACUCGGUGUUCCGAUACCCCGACAGAGAGACGGCCGUCUUUGUCACGGAGCCCAAGUCAACGAGCCAAAACGUCCUGACAAAGCCGGCGCUGCUCGCGUUCCUACAACUUUACGAGAACCUAGCAAGCAUGACCGCCACGCACGCCGGCGCCACGUUCAAGCUGUCGCCCCGGCGGGCCCGGCACGCCGACGCGCUCGGCCGCGCGAUCGACCCCGCGGAAGUGAUGGGCGGAAUCGUGACGGGGCCUUCCGGCGACAACAUCGUCUCGGCAGCCGCAUUUUUGCUCAAGUUCUCCAACCAGAACAACAAACCGAGCGCCGACUCGGAUUCCGAGGACGGCUACGUGGCGGCCUGGGAGAGGGCCGCUGUGAAUCUCGUCAAUCACUCCCCCCGCACGGUCAUCGCCCAGUUCAUCGCCACGACUUACGGAGCCGACCACGAGUCCGACAGCGCCAUUUCCGCCGACCUCCACCUGAUUGCGGUCGGGGGAUUCCUCUUGGCAGUCUACGGACUGAUUAUUCUCGCCAAAAACCAUCCGGUUGCCAGCGCGUCCUGGCUGGCGAUCGCGUCGAUCGGCAGCAUUUCGCUGGCGGUCCUCUGCUCCUUCGGCUUCGCGGCCGCGGUCGGGGUCAAGUUCACGCUGGUGGAACAGGUGCUGGCGCUCCUGUUGCUGGGCCUUGGCACCGACGACAUGCUGGUCAUAAUCGCGUCGCACCAAGAAACCGCGGCCGCGGGGCUCUCCGUCCCGCAGCGCCUCUCGGCGACCAUGGCGCGCGCCGGCCGCGGCGUCAUCUUGACGACCCUCACCAACUUUGUGGCCUUCUGCACGGGGAUCACUUCCGACCUCCCCGCGCUGCAGGGUUUCAUGGUCUACGCGGCGGCCGGGGUCGUUUUUGAGUUCGUGUUCCAAACGACCUUCUUCGCGGCCUGCCUCGCGCUCGACAUGCGCCGCCAGGCCGCGAGCCGCGUCGACUGGCUCUGCUGCUUUCAGAGCGCGCGCGCGCGCACGCGCGGCUACCUCGGUUCCUACACCCCGGGCGCCGACAGCGUCAGCCAACGACUGGUCGGGAGGUACCUACCGGCCGCCAUUUUGACACGUGUCGGAAAAGUAGUGAUUUUGGGAGUCACGGUUGGAUUGUUGGUGGUCGGCGGGAUGGGGGCGGCGAAAGUGCGCCAGAAUUGGAAUAGCGACUGGUUCAUUCCCAGGGGAAGCUACUACCGGGAGGUGCUCGCGGUUCAGAACCGGUACUUUCAGGGCGGCGUCGUUCCGUUCGCGGUCUACACCAAGAACCUGGCGGAACCGCCACUGGACUACUUCGCCCACCAGCAUGAGCUCGCGGCAAUCACGGCGAAUCUCGAGGCCAGUCCGUACGUGGCGACCGUUCCUCCGGUCGACUCCUGGUACGCCGCCUUCGUCGCAUGGCUGCCCACAAGCCGCCACGUGGACAGCCUUGCGCCGGGGGGACUGCCACCUACUUCCGCCGCAUUUCACGCAUGGCUAGGAGAGGUUUUGGACACGGACGGGGCGUACUACGCAAGGAGCGUCGUGUUUUUCGACGGGAAUCGGACGAGCAUCAAGGCAACCCGGAUAGACGCGUACUUCCAGGAUGCUCCGGACUCCCAGUAUGAGGUGAACGCGAUGAACGCCGCGCGCGCCAUCGCGCGUCACUCAGCUCCCACCCUCGACGCCAUCGCCUACACGGACGCCUUCCUCUUCUGGCAGGGCUACGACUCGAUCGCGUGGCAGACGCUGCGCGACGUCAUCAUCGCGGGAUCGGUCGUGUUCGGCAUUACAAUCGUCUUGCUGGCGGACCUCGUGGCCGCGACCGCCGUUGGGCUGAUGGUUUUGUGCAUCGACGUCGAACUAGUGGGCGCCCUCCAUUGGCUGGGCCUCAGCUUCAACGCAGUGACCGCGAUCAAUCUGCUCCUCGCCAUCGGCAUCGCCGUGGACUACUCCGCCUUCAUAGCGUAUGCCUUCAUAGACGCGCGCGGCACGCGCGACGAGCGCGCGCGCGCGGCGCUCGCGCGUCUGGGCGUCGCCGUCUUCAACGGCGGCUUUACGGUGUUCCUGGCGAUCGUCGGGUGCGCGUUCGCGCAGUCGUACAUCUUCCGGACGUUCUUCAAGAUGUUUAUGGCUAUCGUUCUGCUGGGGCUAUGGCACGGCCUUUUCGCUCUGCCGGUGAUCCUCAGCCUGGUCGGGACGGCCUCUUACCACAGCGCUCCGGGAACGGAAGGCGGCGAGAAUGGCACGUCCGUUUCCCCGGGGGACUGUACCGAGGACUCUGUCACCAGUGCUUCAGGGGAGAGAAAGCGUGCCCCUGCGGGGGGGUCAAAGAACGGUGCCCCGGGGGAAAAGAAUGAGAACGGUGCCCCGGGGAAAACAAAUGACAACGGUGCCCCGGGGGAAAAGAAUGGGAACGGUGCCCCGGGGGAGAAUAAGGAGAACGGUGCCCCGGGGGAAAAGAUUCAGAGCGGUGCCCCAGGAGAAGAGAACGGUGCUCCGGGGGGAAGGAAUGACGAGAACGGCGUGACGAACAGCCAGGGGAAACACGCCGGCGGCUUUUCGGUGACCGUAACGAAGAAGUAUGUGAAACUGGGCGGUAAGAAAACAGUCCCGGAAGACAGUGCCGGGAGGUUUUUGCUGAAGCCCCCGAAGAAACUUGCUGGAAACGGCCACGUGGUAGAUCACUCUGACUUGUUGAAGGAGAACAAAGGCCCGCGCGAAAGCGAAGCCAAAGCGCUGGCACCGGGCGUUCGAACGUUCUCCGUUAGUGGCGCGCCCACGAAGCAAAGUGCGUCCGGCCUAGCCGAGGCCUAG